AUGAUCUCUUCAAAUAUCGAACAAAACUCUUCAAUUCAAGACUCAAGAAAUGCAAAACUACCAUUUUAUUGUAUUAUUCUUACUCUUUUAGCUGUAAUCGGUGGCUUUGAAAAUGGAUUUAAUACUGGCAUUACUAAUAUACCAGAACAAACAAUUAAAAAUUGUUCAAAUGGAUAUAAUCACGUACAAGGAGCAGGAGUGCCAGACUGUCUUCCAAUGGGAAAUUUACUCUGGGGUCUUGCAGUAGGAAGUCAUUCAAUGGGUGCUAUUUUUGGAGGUCUCAGUGCGGGUAGAUUACAGACAAUGUUUGGUAGAAAGAACGCGUUAAUAUAUAAUUCUUUUACUUGGAUAAUCGGUGGUGUACUUCUCGGUGCGUCCGUAAAUCCAGUAAUGUUUAUAUGCGGACGUACUAUCACCGGGAUUGGAGCCGGUAUUGGUUCUGUCGUAAUUCCGACAUAUUUGGGUGAAAUCUCGACCAUAAAGUCACGUGGACUAAUUGGUUCCGUUUAUCAAGCUUCUGUCUGUGCUGGAAUAGUUAUCACUCAACUUGUUGGUUUACCACUAUCAUUUGUUCCUGGCUGGCGCAUUCUCCUAACUCUGACGUCAGUAAUUGCAAUCUUCCAGUUAGUACUAAUGCCUAUUAUAGGAGUGGAAUCCCCAAGAUAUUUAAUUUCACAAAAUAAAUUUGAUGAAGCGAAAGUGACAUUACAAAAAUUAAGAAAGGGAUAUAAUAUUGAUUUAGAAUUUGAAGAAAUUAUUCAAGGACAAUCCGUAAAUCAGAUUAAUGCGAUUAAUGAUGAUAAUACCGAGAAAGGUGAAAAGCAUAUACAAAGUUCUCUUGCUGACACUGAUAAUCAACUUAGAAUAAAGAAAUCGGCUUCAUUUAAAGAACUUUUACAAGAUUCAUAUUGCCACAAAAUGUUGUUCGUUUGUGUUGGAACACACGUUGUACAACAACUUUGUGGAAUCCAAGUAAUCGUCUUUUAUAGUACUGCAAUUUUCUUAAAUGUCAUGGAUCGAGUGGGAAGAAGACCAUUAUUAUUAACAUCUGAGAUUGGUGUUACCAUCUCAUGUCUUUUGAUCGAAUGCAAUGGAAACAUUCAUAAUUCCGGCCACUCAGGAGCCCGAAUCACGAUUCCAAAUAUUCAAUACGGGAUUGUUAUACCAACACGUUUCGUAAGCUUGAUUGGUCCAAUAUGUUUAGGUACAAAUUGGACCUUAAAUUUUCUUGCAAGCUUCAUAUUUCCUGUUAUGAAAGAGGCUUUAAAAGAAUAUACUUUCCUCGUAUUUGGCGCAAUUACCUUUUGUUUUGUGAUCCUUACCUGGAUUUUUGUUCCGGAGACUAAGGGAAGAAGUAUCGAAGAAAUAACUUCAGGAAAACAAAUAGCAAAUAAAUAA